AUGGAACCAUAUCGCAUUCAAUACAGCUCAAAUAAUCUAUUGUACUAUCUCUCGUCAAUUCGGGGAGCGAAUCCACUGCAAAAGAAGAAGCUUCUGGAGAAGGAUCUGGCGAAGAGGCAUCCGGUGAAGGAUCAGGUUGAUCAGAAAUCAUGUAAGAAGGUUGUUGUUCAAAUUCUUGCGAAUCCCUGCUGCGCAUCGAUUUGA